UUGCUCCAACCUCAGUACCAGGCAGAAUGACAGACUUAUUCUCCACUACCACCACUCGCCACCAUCACUACCACUACCUAUGGCUCCUUCCUUCGAUACUCCUAAUAGUGGUGGUGUUGGCGUGGGUCACUACCUCCGUCGUCCAUUCCUCUAGGCACUCCGCCUCGUCCUCCCAAGGCUCACCUGGACCACUGGCACUUCAGCAUCGCUCGCAAGGUAACCAAAAAGAUGUCACGAUACAGGAUAUCAAACAUUCCUCCGAGAUGUUGGAGGGAGACGAGCAUCACAACAUCAUGGAACACGCGGCUGCUUUUGGUUUGUGCGAGUGUCUUCCGCCCUACAAGCAGGUCCUUCACCAGUGCUACUACGCCAACCCGAACCACCGUCUCGACUGGGACAGGGCUGCCCGUUUUUGCAAGGGGAUGGGAGGACAUCUGGCCCGUCCCACCCAUAUCCCCGCCCUCAUCGCCUUCCUGCUCGAACACUACCCUCACGUAGUGAGAUGGUACCUGGGCGGGUCCGACCUGGCCGAGGAGGGCGUCUGGCUAUGGACCGACGGCCGCCCGGUCAGCGACGAAGACUGGAAGCCCUCCGAACCUAACGGGAACACCCGCGAGAACUGCUUGGAACUCUGCUUCUCAAACUGUGAGAUGGAGAGGGACCAGACGUCCUCCAUCACCUUCCCUUCGCUGAACGACGAGAGCUGCCAGACAACCCUCAACUUCGUGUGCGAGUACAACGCCAGUAACUGUGUGCUUUGGUGAACGGGUCGUGGGAGAUGUUGAAGGGACGAUGAGAGGGCUAAAAGGGUGUAGAAGGGAAGAUGAGAGGGCUAAAAGGGAGGUGUAGAAGGGAAGAUGAGAGGGCUAAAAGAGAGGUGUAGAAGGGAAGAUGAGAGGGCUAAAAGGGAGGUGUAGAAGGGAAGAUGAGAGGGCUAAAAGAGAGGUGUAGAAGGGAAGAUGAGAGGGCUAAAAGGGAGGUGUAGAAGGGAAGAUGAGAGGGCUAAAAGAGAGGUGUAGAAGGGAAGAUGAGAGGGCUAAAAGGGAGGUGUAGAAGGGAAGAUGAGAGGGCUAAAAGGGAGGUGUAGAAGGGAAGAUGAGAGGGCUAAAAGGGAGGUGUAGAAGGGAAGAUGAGAGGGCUAAAAGGGAGGUGUAGAAGGGAAGAUGAGAGGGCUAAAAGGGAGGUGUAGAAGGGAAGAUGAGAGGGCUAAAAGAGAGGUGUAGAAGGGGAAAUGUGAAAGUAGAGGUAGCUAUGAUAAGGGGGAGAAGAGAGUGGAUGUCACUUUAAAGGAGAGAUAGUGCUAGGCAUCUCUUUAAUAAAUUGCAGUUAUAAUUGUAAUUGGCUGGUGUCUGUUCCACCCUAUUUCCCUAUGUUGAAAUGUAUAAUGCAAAAAUAUAAAGCAUAAUAUAUUACAUUUAAUAUAUAAAGAGAAUACUAAAUAGAUGAAAUAGAUUAAGUAUAUAACUGGAAAAUGUCAUGAAAUAUGAUAAAGUGGUUAGUUUCAUAUAUCAUGGCAUAUAUUAUUGGGGUACAUUUUAUUCAUUUGUUAAUAUUAAUAAAAUUCAACUUAA